AUGUCCACCAGGCUUGGGCAGAAUGCACUUCUCUUUCUCAUGGCCCUGCUGACUGCGGGCUGCGUCCGCCUUUUGCACGGUGCUGUUGAAGAUCCCCGGCAAGCUCCGGCUGGCACAGUCUCAGAAGAACAGAAGUUGGAACUUGAAAUCUCAGGAUGGACGGCCAUAAAAUCACCGGGCGUUAUAGCUCCACAGACGUCAAGCAGUGAUCUGAGAGAUUUCCUAGAGAUUUUACCUCGGAUGCUUCAAAAACAUGUCCAAGGGAGGCUGUCCAGCUGGCAGAUCAGAGGUCUCCAGAGAGACCUGAGGAAUAAUAGAAGACAGCGUGCAACCCAGCAGGAGGAGGAAGGUCCUAGUCCGAGGAAGCUCCUUAGCUUGAGGAAAGCACUCCUUCCCAUCCGUCAGUCGGGCGACAGAGGCGCAGUGUGUCAAGCCUGGCAUUCAGCAAGGCAAGUCAGAAAGCAGGGAAAACCAGCUUCUCCAACAGAACGCCGGGCAGCUGUGGUAAAGGCCUUCUCUCAUGCAUGGAAAGGCUAUCGGGAGUUUGCUUGGGGCCACGACGAGCUCAGGCCUGCCUCCAGAUCUUUCAAUGAGGUAUUUGGCGUGGGCCUGACUCUUAUUGAUGCUCUGGAUACCAUGUGGAUUAUGGGGCUGCAAGCAGAAUUUGCAGAAGCCAAGAAAUGGGUGUUAGAGCAGUUAAACUUUCAAAAUAACGAGAACGUGAAUCUCUUUGAAUGCACUAUCCGUGUUUUGGGCGGACUUCUGAGUGCUUACAAUUUAUCUGGAGACAGCUUAUUUCUGGAAAAAGCUGAAGAUCUUGGAGCUCGGUUGCUGCCAGCCUUCCAAACUCACAGCAAGCUUCCGUAUUCCCAUGUCAACCUUGCCUCUGGGGAAGGACGCUCGACUUACAUGGAGAGUUCAGUGGCCCAAGUUGGGAGCAUUCAACUGGAGUUCAGAGAACUCUCUCGUCUCACUGGAAAAGAAAAAUUUCAGGAGGCAGUGGAUGAAGUGAUGCAGCAUAUCCAUUCCCUGCCUGGCAAGAAGGAUGGACUGGUCCCCACCAACAUCGAUCUCUUGAGUGGGUUUUUUACGUCACAGGGCAGCUUCACGGUGGGCGCUAAUGUUGACAGCUACUAUGAGUAUCUGCUGAAGCAGUGGAUCCAAGGAGGAAAGAAAGACAAUCAGUUGCUCGAAGACUAUGUCGAAGCCAUCAAAGGAAUACAAAAGCACUUGCUUUACACGGAUAGGGCUGAGCAGCUGACUUUUGUAGGGGAACUUCACAAUGAUCAAUUCCAAGCCAGGAUGGAGCAUUUUGCUUGCUUUUUGCCUGGGACUCUUGCUCUGGGUGUCCACCACGGGCUGUCCAAUGACCAUAUGGAGCUAGCGCAAGCUUUGAUGAAGACCUGCUACCAAAUGUAUCAACAGUUUAACUCUGGCCUGAGCCCAGAAGUUGUGUACUAUGAUGAUAGCCUCCCAGGUACCCAUAAGAAUAUGAGGGUUCUUACUCGAGACAAUUUCAACGUGCUACGACCAGAGACUGUGGAGAGCUUGUUCUAUCUGUACCGGUUCACUGGGGACAAGAAAUACCAGGAUUGGGGCUGGAAGAUCCUCCAGGGCUUCAACAAGCAUAGCCGAAUCCCGUCAGGUGGCUAUUCUUCUAUCUUUAAUGUUCAGAAUCCAGUCAUACUUGACCACAUGGAAAGUUUCUUUCUAGCAGAAACUCUGAAGUACAUGUAUCUUCUUUUUUCUGACGACACGGACUUGUUCGACCUUGACCAAUACGUAUUUAACACAGAGGCUCAUCCCCUGCCCAUCUGGAUUUCAGCUUAA